GAGAGAACUGGAAGAAUAGAACAGUGCCCUUCCUAAUGGCAGCUGUCUCCAGCCCAUUUCCCUCCCAAACACUCCCUCUCUCUCCUCUCUCUCCACUCUCUCUUUAUAACUCCCCCCAGAUCACUCUUUCUUCAUCUCACAACUCCCCAUUUCCAUUUCCAUUUCCAUUUCCCUACCAGGCUCCCCCAAACCCCAAAAAUGUCACUUCCCCUUCUCUUCUCCCUCUUCUUGUUCCUCUUCAUUUCUCUCUCCACCUCUGCUACACCCACAUCUCAACCCCUAGACCUUGAACCCCACUACUUCAACCCCAAACUUCCACCCAAAGCUCUCUCCUCCUCCAAGAAAUUCGAGGGUUCAUCAAACCUCGUCAACCUCCGCUACCACAUGGGUCCAGUCCUCUCCUCGCCGAUCAACAUCUACCUCAUCUGGUACGGGAAAUGGUCUGCACCCCAGAAGCUCCUCAUUAAGGACUUCCUCCUCUCCAUCUCCACCGCCAACCACCGCGCCGCCCGCUCCCCCUCCGUCGCCGACUGGUGGUCCACCGUCUCGUUAUACACCGACCAGACCGGCGCCAACAUCUCCCGCUCCGUCCUCGUCGCCGGCGAGUACUCCGACCACAGGUAUUCCCACGGGACCCACCUCACCCGACUCUCUAUUCAAGAGGUCAUCGCCUCCGCCGUCCGAUCGAAGCCCUUCCCCGUCGAUCACAAAAACGGGAUCUACCUCAUCCUAACCUCCGUGGACGUGACCGUACAGGAUUUCUGCCGAGCGGUGUGUGGAUUCCACUACUUCACGUUCCCAUCCAUGGUAGGGUACACCCUACCCUACGCAUGGGUCGGGAACUCGGGUAAGCAGUGCCCCGAGGUGUGUGCCUACCCGUUUGCCGUGCCCGCUUACAUGGGGGGUGGCGGGCCCGGAGCGCUGGCCCCACCGAAUGCUGACGUGGGCGUGGACGGUAUGAUCAGUGUGAUCGCUCAUGAGCUUGCUGAGCUGGCGUCGAACCCGCUGGUGAACGCGUGGUACGCCGGCGAGGAUCCGACGGCGCCGACAGAGAUUGGCGAUCUGUGUGAGGGGUUGUACGGUACCGGAGGUGGGGGAGGGUAUAUUGGGCAAGUGAUGAGGGAUGGAAAGGGAAGGACUUUCAAUUUGAAUGGAAGGAGGGGAAGGAAGUUCUUGGUGCAGUGGAUUUGGAGCCCCGUGUUGAACGCUUGUGCUGGUCCAAAUGCUAUGGACUGAAAAUCGUUUUUUAUUUCCACUCUCUCUCUUUUCCUUUCUUGCUACUUUGGUGAACGGAAGUGGGGGUGGUACAGAGGGAAAUGUGGAGGAAUGGAUAUGAGGGGUUUUCUUUCUUUCUUUCUUUCUUUACUUUUUUGUUUUUGUUUUUUUGUUUUUGUUUUUGGCUUAGAUUCUUACUUUAUUUUAUUUAUUAUUUUGAUUUUUGUUAGAUGUAUAAAGAGAUAAAUUGCUAGUUUACUAGUCUAUUUUAAACUGGUUAUAUAAUAUAUUCCAUCUGUUGUGUUUUAUUAUGGGUUAUUAAUAAAACUUGGCUGAAGGAGGAUGGAGUUUUCUUUAUGGAAAAUUAUUUGAAUUUGGAUUCAGACGAGGGGUUGAUUGAAAUGAGAAAUAAUAUGGACUUCUAUUUAUAUACUCCGUAUGUAUUUAUAUUUUUUGGUUCAUUGUAAAUAAACUCUCAAAAAGAUUUGAACGUUUCAUUUUUUCUUUGUUCUUUCGAAA